AUGCAGUGCCACCUACUCGAGGUCGGCCGCAAACGGUGCGACCCGCUCGAGGAUGCCAGCUGGAUCCCGCGAUUCCGAAACAUGCUCGAAAUCUGGUUCAAGAAGGGCAAGUCGGUGAGCAGUCGCGUGCGAGCCAUCGACGAAGUAACCCCCGACCACGAGAUGUUCGAGCAGUUGAAGCGGAAGUUUGCACCGAUCGCGGAUCCCGAGCCCGAGCUGCGCGUCCGGAAAUUGAUCCCGAAAGAGCCGAAGGUCUACGGCGUCACCUACGAGUUGCUGAUCGUGAAAUCAUCAGCCGACGCCAUCAGCGCGACCUUCUACCCGAGCCUUUCAUCUGAUGAGUCGCUGCCGAGCUGCCAGCUACAUCACCCGUACCAACUGCAAUUCCAAGAAGACGCCGAUGGAGGUGGAAACUUCCUCCUGUUCGCCAGUGACGAGAAUUCCGAGCAGCAGUUGAAGUGGCUAACGAAGAAAGUCUUCUCCGCCUUGGAGCGCUGGAUUGAUAUACCCGUCUCGUCCGCGCCAAUGGAGACUACAAACGCGCUGAUUUCCGGUGAAGCAUUCGCCAGCACCUACUUGCAGCUGAAGGACGAUUAUGGCCGCCAACUGUGCGAGAUUUGGCCCGAGUCCACCGACCCGUCGAAAUUUGUCUAUGAGGAUUGUGCGAUUGCGGCCUAUCUACUGGAGACAUGGCGGAAGCGCGGAAAGAUGCCCGAGUACUUCCUCGACCUCGGCUGCGGCAACGGACUAUUGGUCUACCUGCUCAACAAAGCCGGGGUGCCGGGCGCUGGAAUUGACCUAAAACGGCGCAAGAUCUGGGACACGCUUUUCAAGGACACACAACUUUACGAGGACGUCGUCGACCCGCGGACGAUCCAGGGCAAGCCAUUCGCCCAAAAAGUCGACUAUCUGAUCGGAAAUCACACGGACGAGCUGACCCCGUGGAUGCCGGUGAUGGCCGCCCGGUUCAACUGCGACUUCUUCGUCAUCCCCUGCUGUCCCUUCGACUUCGGAGGCAAAUUCAACGGGAAGAUGGCCGGUCGGAGCACGUAUUCAAGCUACCUCCAAUAUCUGUCGAUGGUGAACGCGGUGAUUGGGUUCGAGAUGGACAGGGACCGACUGCCGAUUCCAUCAACGAAACGCAAAUGCUUCAUCGGCGCCAUCCCAUCGGGCGGACUCCCCAGCGACACCGAGGCGACCAUUUCUCAGUUGACGCAAAACGUCGCGACGUUCGUGCCGAGGCCGAAAAUUCAAAAGAAUUCCAACUGCAGCGAUAUACCCGUGGAGAUGCGCAAGCGGAUAGCGCUGAAGCUGUUCGACUACUUGCUGACCGGACGCGCCGCCACCUCAACGUCUGGACAGUGGUACCAGGGAUCACAAGUGGCCCUCGCCGAGCUCUUCAAACUACUGACUCCCGAAGAGGUCGACUGUCUGCGGCAACAGCACGGUGGCCUUCAAACUUUCAUCAAGAAUCACCACGACGUUUUCCACGCUGUUCAGGGCACCGUCAAGAUACGCGACUACCGUGACGCCCGUUGGCGGCCCAACAGGAAGAAGUUCAACAAUGCCCCGAAUUAUCGAAAGAAAGCGCCGUGCUGGAUGGCAGCUCAUCAUCCGGAUGGAUGUCCAUUGGAGGAAAAGGAUUGUCUCUUCAAUCACGAAGUGCCAUUCCAGCCACUUUGU